GAGUAUGCAUCAGAGGAAGCCAAAAGCCAGCUGGAAUAGUUCCUGAAUACAGUUUUAAUCUUGUUUGCAAUUAUUUCAAAGGGGAGAAAUCAUCUGGAUCAGAAUUAAGAUGCUCUGGUUUCAAGGAAAUAGCAUGCCACUUGCCAGAUCCGCCUUUGGACUCUUCCUGAGAAAUUGCUCUGCCUCUAAGACAACUCUGCCUGUGCUGACCUUAUUCACAAAGGACCCAUGCCCCCUUUGUGAUGAAGCCAAGGAAGUACUCAAGCCGUAUAAAAACAGGUUCAUUUUACAGGAGGUAAACAUCACACUUCCAGAAAACUCUGUCUGGUAUGAAAGAGAAGCACUUCACAUUCACUGGGCAAUGCCGUUUAUAGGAAGAAGGUUCUGCAUUCCUGCUGCUGCCCCGGAGGGCUUAACUUUUUAAUGAAAGAAUAAAUGCUCUUCCACUCAGUAGAUAAAGUGAAAUGUGAAUUGUUAAUAACUGUGCACAGUCAGUAAAGGGAUGUUUUAAGGAAUACAUCUGCAUGAAGCCUAUUCAGUGGGAUUUAAUAAUACCUGUUUAAAAUUAGAGUUCAUUUUUGUUGAGUAGAAGAGAAUUAUUAUCCUAGCCAAAAAGGCGUCAUUUGAGAAAAACAAAAGAAAGACUUAAACCCCUAAAAUUUAUAUAAAAAUCUCAACAUUCUCUACACAGUCAUUGAAUUGAUUUGUAAUAUUUGAGGACUGCCUUUCAUAGUUAUUCAGUUACUAUCCAUUGAGUUAAUUUAACUUAUUUUAAGACAGUAGGUUUUUUAAAAUCAAAUUUUAAUAUCUUGGAAAAAAUCACUCAUAAAUAUGUCAUCUAAAGAUAAAAUACUCUUUGCCAUUCUAUGUAAAGAGUACAAAUGUAUUUGCAUACCCUUAUUUAUAUUUAGUCAGAUUAAGCCAGUGUAGAAAUGGAUUCACUUGAAAACAAAACUGCCUUUCCUCUUAAAAUCUUACCACUGCAAUUCCAUGUGUAAUGAAAUUAUUUUUUAAACUAUUUGAAUGAAUUUGGAUACUGUGAGUCACUAGAUUUUAAUUUGAUCAGGAUAAUUCAGUCUUAAUAUAGAAUAUUAGAGCUAGCUGACCUUAGACAUUAUCUAGUCCCACUCUCCCAUUUUAUGUAUGAGGAGGAAUCUGAAUUCAGAGAAUAUCAGGGACUUAACCCAAGGUCACACAGCCAGUCAGUUGGCAGGCCAGGUCCUGCCCCACAGCCCCAGAUUUCCAGUACUCCCUGGACUCAUUGCAGGGGGCUCCUGUUAUCUCACAUACAGUAUCCCCAACCAUUCUGGAUUCAACACAAAUCUGGAAGCAACUGAAAAGGCCUUUUAAGCUGAGUACAGUGGUACAUGCCUGUAGUCCCAGCUACUUGAGAGGCUGAGGCAGAAGAGCCCAGAAGUUCGAGUCCAACCUGGGCAACAUAGUGAGACCAUGUCUCUUAAAAAAAAAAAAGAAAAAGAAAAGAACAAAAUCUUAGCAAUUGAAUAGCAGUGUUUAUAAUUUACAAAUUUCUAGAACAUUUAUUUGACAUAAAUAUUGAACCCUGGGGUAGACAGAAUUCUAGGAUGACCCCAGUGAUCCCCACUCUUGGAUAAUUCCCUGUCCCUUUGAGUGUGGGUGGAAAUAUCACUGCUGUGAUUAUGUUACAUUAUAUGGCAAAAGGCAAAUUAUCCUGGGUGGGCCUGACCUAACUGGGUGAGCCCUUUAAAAGCAGAGAAUUCUCUCUGCUUAGUUAUAAAGAGGAAAAUAGAGAGAUGUGCUCUAGCAAGCUGGGAAGAAAGCAAGCAUUAUGUGAAUUGCCUAGUGGAACCACAUGGCAAGAAACUGGGUAGCCUCUGGGAACUGAGUAGUUCUCAGUCAAAAACUAGCAGGAAGAUGGGGACAUCAGUCCUAUAGCUUCAAGGAAAUGAAUUCUGCCAAUAAUCAGUAAGCUUAGAAGAGGAUCCACAACGACAGAUGAGAACUGCAGCCUUGACCAACAUCUUGAUUUCAGCUCAGUGAGACUCUAAUCCAAGAAUCCAGCCACACCAAGUCUAGACUUCUGGUUUACAGAAACUGAAAGACAGUAAAUAUGUAUUGUUUUAAACUGCUAAAUGUAUGAUAAUUUGUUACAUAGCAGUAGAGAAUACAAGUCCUUACAGCAUUGAAGCACAGUAGUAGGUAGUGGGAGUACAGAAAUGAAUAAAUCAUAGUCCUUGUCUUUGAGAUACUAUCUGUUAAGGAGCAAGAAGAGACAAGUGAAUAAAUCAUAGCAUAGUGCAAUGAGGGCUGGAACUGACAUGUGUCAAAUGGUACCAGGUGGGGAAAGUAGCAGGAAUGAUUCACAGAAAAUUAGACUUAAGCUAGGUCUUGAUGGCUGAAUAGAAGCAAUGGAUGGGGAUUGGGAGUGAGGAGGGUAUUCUAUAAGGAAACAGUAUAUGUAAAAAUAUGAGGGUGUGGAAGGACACAGCAUAUUCAGGAAAUGCCAGGUGGCUUUGUGUGGCUGGAGUAAAGGGGUGGAGAGUGAAGGAGAUGAGACUGGCAAGGUAGAUUGGGAUCCAUAUUGUGAAGGCCUUAGCUAAUGUGCUUUUGCCCCAGCAGCAGUAGCCUCCCAUGCUUUCUGCCUUUAUCCAUAGUCAGUCCUUCUGGCUCCUGACUACUCAGGGAUGUCUGACCUCCCUGCCCCAGCCUGUUGCAGUCUUUCUUCUUGUCCUUAAGCCUGCUGAGCUCAACAGUCCCUUCUAGUAGUCCUGCAGGACAAUCCCACUCUCAAUAUAACCAGGGAUGCCACAGACAAGGUCUUCCACUUGUGUGUCUGGGUGUCCUGUGUACAUUCCUGCCUUCUCCAGGCAGGGUGAGAUUUGUGUAGCCCCUAGGUCCUAGGUUGCUGAUCCUUCUCCUAGACCACCAGUUGGAAAGGUUCCAAGAGUUUCUUUCAGUGUCUGCUCAACUAAGAUGGAGACAAUCUAUUGGUAUCCUUCAGAAAGCAUGGCUGGCCAGAAAGCCUAGAGACAUUUGUUCUCUUGGAGCCCUUCUUACCUGAGUAGAACCACGUGGUUAUGGUUUGCAGGAAGUGCAGAGACUAAAGGUGAAACAGGUUUUCAACAACAAAUUUCUGAUACUAGAAUUUCAAACAAGAAUCCCAUGAUAUAGGAUGCUCAAACUAAAGUAUUGGCUGAGGCACCAAGAAAUAAUAGAUGCUACAUUUCAAGGAAAUACUAGAUCACGUGGAGGAUUAUUAUGACCCUGGGAGAGAGGAUCUUUGGAGGAGUUUUUUAAAAAUAAGAUGUCCUCUCACUUAUUUUCUACCAAAGUAGAAAGGUUGGGAGUCACUUCAUAUCAAGAGGGAGGGGCAUAAGUUGGACUCACUGGAAAGCGAAUGUAUGGCCUUGGGUAAGAAGAACAUAGUGGUCUAAUUCUCCUGGGAAAUCAGGCAAGAGAUAGUUUAGCAAGCAGCUUUGGCUGUACAGUGAAGGCAGCUGAUGCUGGUUUUCUGAGUUUGUCCCAGGGAAGUAAGUGUGUGUGUGUGUGUGUGUGUGUGUCUGUGUGUGUGUGUGUCCUCGUGGACCAAAUAUGAACCAAAUGUGAGAGGGGACUGGUAUGAGGGCACCUUCAUUGCAGGCACGCCUCAGAAGGGGAGACCCAGAGGGGAACACUGGGUUCCUAGGGGCUGAGGGGUCUGCUUGAAUGGAGAGCCCAUUUGCCCGAAUCAGGGAACUGCAGGCAAGACAUCACCAGUAAUGGGUACAGUCUCCCAAGAAACCACAACAGCCUAUGCCAAGUGUGGUCUGCUUUAACUAUUUAUCGGGUCCAGAAAGUAGGCCAGUGUACAACUCCACCACUGAAAUAAGAACAUUCUCACCCGUCUCCACUUUUUCCUUCUC